AUGAACAAAGCUGGAUUUGAUUGGUUGAUAGCUGCUAGAUCGUAUCAAGACUUUAAACAUGUCAACAAAAUACUUAACGAAACUUCAGUUACGUUCGAUGAAAAUAUUGUCGGUGCUUAUCCUAUUUACAAACAGAAAUUUGAGAAUGAGAUGUUAGAACUAUGUAAUGAUAAUUUCAGCUACGAAACAAAAAGUAGUGCGCGAGGGGAUGGAUUAAGAACAGUACUAAGACUAUCGAACAGUAGUCGCCAUCUUAGCAUUUGUCGAUACGGGAAUAAAGAUUAUAAUUGUGUGCAAAAUAAAAUUAAAUAUGGAUACUAUCACAGUUCAGAAAGAUUUAAAAAUUUGAUAAAAAAUAGUAUAUAUUCUAGUAAUGGUAAGGAAAUUCCAUUGCUUGGGUCUGGCAUUUUAAACUACAACUACUCAAGACAUUUUAAUAUGAUGAAUGCCUCUCAGCUUUUCUUAAAUAUUACCAAGUGGAACCGUUCAAAUUUAAAAAAUACCAAUACUCGUAUGAAGGGUUUUUAUUUGAUUCAGUUUUUCAAAUUGCGCAUAAAUUCUACUUUGUACGGGUCGUUUUUAGGUGUUUGGGAUAAAAAUCAAUCGAUGUCACUAGUAGAACAGCCGUAUCCUGUUGAAGCUCGCAAGUUCAUGGGUGAACAACUUAUAUUUGGCAGAUGUAACUUAACUGAGGAAGCUGGAGAAAUACAAGAAGAAGGCCGGCCGCUAGCCCCGGCUUUAUUGGAUGAUGUGCUUUAUUUCCUAACUGCCCGUCUUAAUACAACCCCGUCAAUGAGAUAUUACAAUAAACUUGGAUAUAGAUCUUAUGAAGGUACUUGGACUGGAUUAUUAGGAGCCUUAAUGGAUAACUCCAUAGAUAUGGCAUUGGAACUGGUGACGUCACACUCUUCUAAACACCAAGACAUGGACUUCAUAUUUCCUAUAUCUGAAACAAUGUUUAAUAUUUACAUUCGGGAUCAAGAGACGUCUGCAGUUCGUGAUAUAUUUCUGGCUCCCUUCAGUCCUAGACUACUGGGAUGCGUGCUUGUAAUCGCGUUGGCCUCCGCCGUAGUAAUCCUGCUCAUCAGUAGAAUUACUCCUUCCUUGAUGGUGGAUCGACCUAUGGGUUUUACAGAGGCUUUUAUAUGGUCUAUAGGAAUAUUGUGUCAGCAAGGUGGUACUCAAACGCCAUCCAACUCAGCAGCAAGUGUCUCAUUAAUAGUGUGCCUACUUUUUGCUCUCGUGACAUAUAACUCAUAUGCCGCUUUUAUCACCUCCGUAUUAUCCGUAAGAGUUGCAAGUGUGGACACAAUUUCUGCGGUGUUGCAAUCAUCUAACUUAAAGAUCGGUUACAUUCGUAACGGACCUGAUCAAAUGUAUUUGAUGUCCACCAAAGAUGCGCAGCUUAAUGCAUUCUACAUACGAGGCUAUUCGGAAGCUGAGAACUUAGUUUCUUCUGCCGAGGAAGGAUUGUUACGUGCAGCUAAGGAGGAUUAUGCGUUCUUCUCUGAACAAAGAGCUGCUCGGAUUACUUUAAGAUCACUCAGCCAGGCUCGCGGUCGGUGCUCAUUACGUGAGUUGGCUGUGCCUUCGACACGCGCUCAGUUGGCCUUUCCACUUACACGAGGAUCUCCAUACGGUAGACCUGUAUUAGUAAGUUUGCUGCAGUUGCGGGGCAGUGGUGUACUGGCGCGCCUUGAGGCAGCGCUGGUGCCCAGUAUGCCAAUGUGUGCGCCACCACCUCGAUUCGCCUCUGCUCGAGCGACAGACGUACGCUCGGCUCUUAUCCUCUUUUUAAUUGGGCUCAUUUCAGCGCUACUUACAGGUGUCGGAGAGUAUUGUUGGAAGAAACGUACACAACUACAAAAGUAUACGAUUGCGUGCUGCACGCGUCUUCGAAAUGUGUUUGAAUAA